AUGACUGACGCGUACGACCAUCUUUAUAAACUGAUUCUUAUUGGGGACUCUGCAGUCGGUAAAUCAAACAUCCUCUCGAGGUUCACCAGCAACAAGUUCAAUGCAAGCUCGGCGGCGACCAUUGGGGUUGAGUUCACAACGAAAACCUUGACUGUCGAAGUUCAAGGAAAGAUGAUUUCGACGAGGCUCCAGUGCUGGGACACUGCCGGCCAGGAGCGCUACCGCUCGAUCACGUCUUCCUACUAUCGCGGAGCCCAUGGGUGUUUGCUCGUUUUUGAUGUCACAAAGCGCACAUCGUUUGAACACUGCACAGAGUGGUUGACGGAGCUUAGAAACGCGUCGGCAAACUCCACGGCCUGCAAAGUCAUCCUUGUCGGUAAUAAGGUCGAUCUCAGGCACUUGCGCGAGGUCACGACGGAGGAGGCGACGGCGUUUGCCCAGCAGCAAGGCCUUUCGUACAUUGAGACGUCUGCCUCAUCUGGCCACGGUAUCGAUGAUGCAUUCAAGCAGCUCGUUACUGAACUAGCCGUCGUCGAGCUGGCCAAUACAGCCGUAGCAGGGGCUCAGCGCCAGCUUCCGGUGGGAGUAGCCCCCAUCUCCCAGGUUAGUCUUAAUAAUGCAGCAAAGACUAAGCAAAAGAAGCGUUGCUGA